GCAUAGGGUAGGAAACUUACCUAAGAAGGCGCGAGCGACUCUCUUUAUUGGCUACUUUAUCAUUCCCUACAACUUACUUCCUGAUAGUACUUCACUGCACUCUCUCCCUCACCCCCCGCCUCUCUCUCUCUCUCCUAUAUAUUGAGUUCAAUGGACGUUGAAAUCGGAGAAUUGGCUUCACUAGAUUCUGUUUCGAAGAAGCUUAAACAGAGUGAGGAGGCUAUGGACGAUAUGGAGAAUUCUACUAGUGUAGCUGGUUCAGCAUCUGGAUCUCUUAACUUGCACAAUCUUAAUGGUUCACGUUCUGACAUGUCAUGCGAGGAAGAUGACAAUGAUGGUGAAGAUGCAACUGAUGAUGACUGCGAUAUUUAUGGGGAUGAUGGUGACAACUAUAUGUAUGGUGACGAUGAUGUUUAUUCGAGCUUGCAGGAACAAUUUGAUAAUGUGGAUUUGCCUACUGGGGUGGAGGCGUCAGUUUCUUGGUUAAGUGAUCCUACUCCAGGUUCAAAUAUUUCGACUCAUGAGAGUGUUCUGGUUGAAGGUGGCAUGGUGAGUCACUCUGCAAGUGCAGCAGCACAUGCUCUUUCGAUUCCGGCUUGUUGCAAAACUGAGGCCAUUGCUUCAAGCAGUUCAUCAGCUUUUGCAGAAUCGAGCUGUAAUGAGAAGGGGAAAGAGGAAAGCAAAGUUGAAAUUAUGAAGAAGUAUCUAGAUUUCAAACGAUUUGACGUUGUUGAUGAUUGUUCUGAUCAUCACUAUAACAGAACAGGCUUUGAAGGACAACAGCCCCCCAAGGAAUGGAGCAAGAAAAUUCAGGAUGAGUGGAAAAUUCUAGAGAAGAACUUACCUGAAAUGAUAUAUGUAAGAGUUUAUGAAUCAAGGAUGGAUCUUUUGAGGGCUGUUAUUGUAGGACCACAAGGCACUCCUUACCAUGAUGGUCUAUUUGUCUUCGAUGUUCUCUUCCCUCCUAGCUAUCCAGACAUACCACCAAUGGUUUACUACUAUUCUGGUGGCUUGCGAUUAAACCCAAACUUGUACGAAUGUGGGAAAGUCUGUCUCAGCCUUCUUAACACUUGGACUGGUAAAGGAAAUGAGAAUUGGGUGCCAAAUUCAUCAACAAUGCUGCAGGUCUUGGUGUCUAUUCAAGCAAUUAUUUUGAAUGCAAAGCCCUUUUUCAACGAGCCUGGGUUUGAAUCGACAUAUCUUGGGGCAGAGGGAGAGAAGAAGUCCAGGUCAUACAAUGAAGAUGUAUUUGUCUCAUCCUUGAAAACGAUGGUAUACACUCUUAGAAGGCCUCCAAAGCACUUCGAUGAUUUAGUGACAGGUCAUUUCCAUUCUCAUGCACAUGAUAUUCUUUCGGCAUGUAGAGCAUACAUGGGGGGUGCAGUAGUUGGUUCCGUGGUCAAGGGAAAGAUCCAGGAUGGUAGCAAAAAGGGCACCUCGUCAGAGUUUGCGGCUUCUAUAAGGGGAAUGAUAAAUGGUCUUGUUUCAAGCUUCACAAAGAUUGGUGCUGAAGACUGUGAGCAGUUCCGCUGUUCUUGAUAAUAGUUUCUCCAGUGGGUCUUAAAAUAAUGCGUACGGGGGAGGAGGAUGGUAAUUUGACUUGUCAAUGCUUUUAUCUAUGUCGAUUUGACGGCUUUUUAUUAGCAGUUUGGAAGAAAAAUGUGACUCUCUUUGGGAUCCAAAAGUGAAAAUGUUUGGAUGGUAUAGGCUCGAGGACAAGUCUCCCUACUGGAUAUGGUACCCUGCCUUGCAUUUCUGACUAAAUCCUACGUACUUUUCAUAUGAUUGGAGCAAUGAAUAACAGCAUUCUUGUCUUGUUUGAUUGAUACUUUAAUCACACGGACAUAGUGAAAUGUGUUAAUAACAUGCAUGGUUUGGUUGAA